GUGUGAGGACGAACAUUGUAUAAAGUUUUUUUUAGCGCUGUUUUGGCAGUGGUAAAUUUUGAAACCGUGUAAUAUAUUAAAUAAUAUAGUAACAUCCCCAUAUGUAUAUAUCGUCAUACCUACAAAUAUACAAAGUUAUGUACCUAUGUAUAUAAAGAAAAAGAAAAGCAAUAAAUGGUGUUUAUAAGAAAAAUAUACUUAUUGUACAAAUAUAUAUAAAACAGUACCAAAAUACAUAUAUAUUGGGAUUCUGCUAAAAUUUCAUUAAAAUUAAGUGAAAAUUUGUUGAUAUUUUAUUCUUUUCGUGGAAUUCGUGAAAUGAAAUGGAAAUUUUUAGAAUUAAAGUGUAAUUUUUCAUGAUAUUGGGAGCUCCACUUUUUUUUUUGUGCACUAAAUGAAAAAAUUGUCUGAAGUUCUAUUUUCUGUUCAUAAUUUGGAAUGCUGUCAAAUUUGUCUUAUUAGAAAUUUUAUCACUAUAUUUAUGCAAAUAUAAAAAAGAUGGUUAAGACUGAUAUACUGAAGGAUUCUGAAGGAUAUAUAUUGGAAUACGAUAACGACAUAGGCGAAGAUGAACGGAGAUUUUACUUAAAGCUAUUUCCUUGUGUUGAUUUAGUUAAAGAUAAAAAAACACAUUGCACGUCAUGUAAUGUUCAUUUGGGUACAGCUCCAGCAAAUGAAUCCAACAUUUUCAUGCAUCCGAUUCUUAAAGUGUCGCAAUGUAAGAAAUGUAAUGAGUUUUACAAUAGCGGUGAGUUCAGCAAAGGUGAAGAUGGAAGUGAACUUUAUUGUCGUUGGUGCGGUCAAGGUGGUGAAGUGUAUUGUUGCGCUAAAUGUCCUUUUGUCUUUUGUCGAGCUUGUAUUUCAUUAAAUUUGGCAAGAAGUUUAGUAGCUGACAUUCGAGACAACGAAAAUUGGAACUGUUUUGUUUGUUCGCCGAAAAUUACUUGGCCUAUCAGAGCAACACACUGGGCUUUGAAAAAUUAUAUUUCAAAACAAAAAAAACACAUUAAAAGUACAAUUAAUAAUGAAACUGAACAAAGGCGUCUUUUGAGAAAAGAUUCAAGUACAUGUUGCUUCCAAAGCAAAAAUAAUGACGAAACUCAUACAUCUAAGGACUGCGAUACACUUCUAUCCCAAAAACCUAAUCUAGUUGUGUUAAAGAAAAGAAAAGCUGAAAAUGAUAUUUCAAACAGUGAUGAACCAAAACCAAAACAGCAAUCAGUUCCGUUGUUAUCAAAAACCAUUUCCCUUUCUAAUGUUUCAUUGCCAAAACAGACACAAGUAAUCGCUACAAAUACACCAACAAAUAGCACUUUGAGUUCUGCUAAUUUAAUCCAGACAGCUAAAGCUCCUUUUGUAUUAAAUAACAGUGUAACUGUGCAACUAAAUAAAACUUUAGUUCCCGUGGGGCAGACAUCACGAGCUUUGACGAAUUGUCACGUCAAACCACAAAAUACCACUGCAACGCAAUCAAAUCAAUCUGCUGUUAAAAUUGUUCAACUUCAGCAAGGUGGGCCAAACCAACAAUCCCGAAUGCAAAUGCAGUUAGGAUCAAAUCCACCGCCGUUGAUAAUACGAAAUCGUGGUGUCCAAAUUCGGCCACAUAUUAACGUUGUUAGUACCCCUUCUCAAAGUGUUAAUUCGAAUCAGCUUAACCGAACAACAACAACGGUUCAAUUAGGUAUGAGACAGCCAAGUGAUCACGCUCCUGUAUAUCAUAAUAUCGGUGGAUUUUGUAUUGAUCUCAAUUCGGCAGCUCAACAUGAUUCCAUUAGAUUACCAAAUGGAAAACUAAUUCAAGUAAAAAAGUCAACGACAAAUAACUCCAGUCAAAACUCAAAUUUGCGCCAACAAAUACCUAGUGGCGUUUUAACUCCAAUUCUUAACCAACCCCAACACCAAUUUACAAUCACUCAAAGUGCUGCGCCCGUGCAAAAUCAAAUUAAUAACGUAAAUUCUAUUCAAUCAACGGCACCUCCUCUACAAUCACUUCAGCAACCGCAGAGUAUCCAAACAGUUCCCGCUUCUACAGUAUUACCGAACGCAACUGGGCAAGUUCAAAUUAUUAAUGGUAAUAUAGUUCAAACAAUGGCUGGAAAUAUAAGUACUCAAGUUAGACCUUUACUGGUUAAAAAUUUGUACCCUAAUACACCAAUCGGUAAAGCUCGAAGUCAACUGCAAAAUCAAAUUUUUAGUGCAAUGGAAAUUUGUCAACAUUUAAGUAGUAAACUUCAAACAUUAACUAAUUCUAAUCCAUACAAAAAUGCAAGUACUGUAGGAGAUGUGAAAGAACUGUAUAUACAUCUUUCUUAUUUAUUCACUUAUGGUAUAGGGCGCUUAAAAAGUUUACAAGAUAUAUGCAAUCUAUUUAAAGGCCAGCAAACAGCAGAAAAUUGCUCAAGUGAUGGCGACGAAGAUGAAAUUGAAAUUGUUGAGCCCAAAACAACUACAAUAGAUUUAGAUUCUGAUAAUGAAGAUGUUGAAACGAUUCAAAAAUCAGUGAACACUCAAAAAGAAAAAAAUUCAAAUAAAACUAAUUUACCGAAUCUAACUGUGCGAAAGCAAACCCAAAAUCUACAACGCAAGACUACCACACCCGAAAUUCGUAGUGUUAGUCUCCAAUCAUCCCAAAAAAACAACGCAAAAAGUCAAGGUACUAAAGUACAAAUUCCUACAUCAUUACAACAAAAAGCACAAGAUAAUUUAGCAGAUCAAUCAUCCAGAUCGCCAGAUCAAAUAGGAAGUGAUGACGAUUUUAACCCUUUAAGUGUAUUAGCCUGCAUGCUUGAAGUAGAACUAACCGAAGGUAGUGAAAAUACGGUAAAACCCAUAUCAACCCCAAAAAAACCAAGGAAAAAAGUGACUCAUCGUUCUAAUCCAAGUUUAAUUAGGAAAAAAAGAGAAAUUGAAGUAGAAAAAUUGAAAAGAGAUGAUUUAAAGUUGAAGCAAAAUUGUAGAGUUAAAAUAACACCUUUGUGUAUGGAUUCAAUAUAUUAUCGAGAAACCUUAGAACGCUAUAAAAAAUAUAGAGAAAAUUUGGAGAAAAGAGAGAGUAACGAGAAAAUGGAUAUUCAAAAUGAACAGGAAUUAUAUAAUUCAAAUAAUGAACAUAUGAAAAACACUUCUGAAAAAGAAGUUUGUUCAGCGUUCAAUAGUGAAAACAACAAAAAUAAAAAAGCCGAGAGUAGCAAUCAAUUUCGUAAUUUACAAAAUAACGAAUCUGAUAACAAUAGGAAUAAAGAACUCACUGAGGUUGAAAAUAGGGAUCAAGUUAAAAAUUUACAAAGUAAGGAACAUAAAACACAAGAAGAGGUUGAAAACAAUAUUCAUGUAGAUAAUUUACAAUUCAAUGAAAAUAGCCAAGUUGCUGAUUUACAAAAUAAAAACUAUACCAGUAGAGAAAGUAAGCAAUCUAAAAAGGUUGAAAGAAGUAAUCAAUCUGAUCAUUCAUGUAAUAAGGAAUUGAGUAAUAGGGAAAAUGAGCUUAACAAGGUGAAAAACAAUAAUCAAUUGAACAGUUUACAAAAAAAAGAUUCAAAAGACUUAAGAAAUGGCAGUCAAACUAAUAAUAUACAAAAAAAAAAAGAAGAGAAGCUAAAUUUAAAAACUUCUAUUAAAACUGAUCUGUGUAAAAAAAAUGGAAAAGAUUUUCCAGAAAAAUUUGUAGAGCUUUCUAAGACGUGUGAAUUUGUUGCUAAAAUUGAACUGAAUCAGAACGACAAACUUUCUGAACCAAAACUGUCACUGUCAAGUGAAGUAAUUAUUCACACCAAGGGGAACUUUAAGGACGAAGAAAAAUCAUCACUCACAAUUCUUGAGGAAAAUGAAAAAUCAAAAGAUAAGGUAAUUUAUUUACACGAAAAAAAUUUAGAAAUUGAAUCAAUUCAAAACAAGGAAAAAAGUGAGGAAGGUGAUCUAAAUCUAAAUAAUUUCCACGAUUCAGAUAUCAUUCCAGAAGAAGAUAAAAUUCAUAAAGUUGAAUUGCGAAAGAGUUUAGAAGUUGAAUCAAAUCAAAAUAAGGUAAAAAGUGAAGAAGGCGAUCUAAAUCUAAAAAGUUCAUACUUUUCAGAUAUCAAUCCUGAUAAAGCUGAAACGCUGAAUGAUUUGAAUUUAAGUACGAAUUUAGCCGAAAAAUCAAAAUGUAUUGAACUCAAUCAAAGUAUAAAUAUAUCAGAAUUAGAAAUAAGAAGUGAAAAUGAAGUAAAUUUCGAAAGUGGGGAAAAGGAGCAAGAUAUGAUCAAAAAUAUUGAAAAUAAUAAAUCCACGAAUUUAAUAAAUAAUAAAGAAAGUCCCAAUUUGAAUAUUUUAAAUAGUUCUAAAAUAUACUCACGGCCUGACUUAUCAUUGUCAAAUUUUCAAAGUGAGGAGGAAAAUGAAAAUAACAUUGAGCAAAAAGGAACUGAAAAUUCAACACAAAAAACCGAAAAUAAACCCGUUGAAAGUAAAAAUCGAGAUAUAAAUUUCAAUAAAGAAGAAAUUGACGUAGAACUUUCUUUAGGAAAAAAUCUAUCUUCAGAAACACAAUUAUAUAAAACUGAAAACAAUUGCAAACAACAUAGUAAGGAUAAACUAGAAAAAAAUGAAAAUGCCUCUACUUUAGUAGGAGCGCAAAAUAAUGAAAAUCGGACACUUGAUGCAGGUGAUCCUUUGGAAAAGAAUAGCGUAAUUUCAACAACAGCCAUCAAAAUUGUGGAAGAUGCCUCAGAAAAAAAUGAAAUUCCACAUAAGAAAGAGACGAACUCACGGUUGACGACAGAAGUAUGUGUGGAAGAUAAUUUGAACCUAUCGAUUGGAAUAAAAAAUAUCGAACUAAGCGAAAAUGAAAAAGAGAUAAACACUACUAAAAGUGGUCCCGUUAUGAAGGAUAAGAAAUAUGAUGAAGCAAAUUUUGAAAAUAAUAGCGAUGCUAAUAAAUUUGAGAAUGUUCUUAUAAAAAAAACUGAAAUGAUAGAAUCUUAAAUAUUGUAUAUUUAAAUGAAGUAUUUUUAGAAUUUUGUUUCAAUUAACUUAAUAUUUGAAAUUAAAACUAGCGGAAUGUAUGUAUUUGUGUACGUAUACUAUGCUAAAAUGAAAAAUUUUAUUUUUUUUUUAUUUUUUCGUUUUUGAAAAUCAAUUCGAUUAAAUAUAAGUUAUCUGUUAUUCAGUUAAAUAAAUUAUAAAUUAAAACUAUUUUUAUCAAUAAAUUUAAUUGAGAAAUUUUUAAAAGAAAAUUCUUAAUCAAAAAUAGGAAUAAGUAAAAUUUUUUUAAUAUGCAGAAGUUAUGAUUUUGGCGAUUUUUAAAAAUUAUUUAGUAAAUAAAGGAUUUAAGUCUAUAAACAUGCUUUUAGUUUUCUUAAAAAUAAAUAUAAGAGAUAAUAGCUACAAUUUGUGAUUCACAAUUUUUAAGUUAAGUGGUUUAAUAUCGUGUUAUAUUGCAAAUAGUUAAUGAGAAAGUGCUCUCAAGGGACGUCACUACUAUAAAACGUAUAGUUUCUUUAUUUUUGAAAUUCGCCAUUUCAAAAUACUCAGUCUUUUUAGAAUAAACAGGUUUGUAAAAUUACAAAUAUUGUAAAAAAUAUUAAAUAUUGUAUAGCUACUUUUUGUAUUUAUAAAGCGAAGCUAUUAUUUUCUUAACCGUCGUUCAUUU